AAUGUCAACUGACUCUGGAACUGUUCGUUCGUGUUAUCAGAUUAAUCUCUCUGGACGCAACGGUGCCUAAGUGAUCAAAUACCGAUAAUUCAAGGGCUUCCUUGAUAACAGACAGUUACUUUUUAAAUGAACAAUUACUAUUACCUGAGUGUCGUCUAUGAUCAGUUUUAAUUGAGUUUGUUACGUAAGUAGAGGAUCAUAUAAAUAUUGGGACAUUUUUCUGGAUGUCCAGUCAGUCAUUGAAUCUCUUUGGGAGAAGUUAAUUUUUGGCUACAAUGUCAAAAGAAUUGAGUCGAAAACGGCCCAAGAGUCUGUUUGAUUUUGGUAUUAAGAAGCAGAAACUCUGUGAAGAUGCAGCAGACAUUGUCAUUCCACCAGAGUGCCAGGUAGAUGUGAGAACUGGUGAUGAAACUCUUACUGCAACAACUACAAGUGAUACAAGAUGGGAUGUAAGUUCCUGCAAACAACAGGAUUUUUCACUCACCAGAGAAGAAAAAUUCAGGUACAUCAAGAAUCUAUGGUAUCCACCAAGUCGCUACGAGUUCCCCAAGAAAGAGGAAUAUGGAAAGAUGAGAGCAUUCAAUGCUGCAUGGUUGCAACAGUUUAACUGGCUUGCAUAUUCUUCAAAAGAGGAUGGUGCAUACUGUUUGCCUUGUGUUUUGUUUGGGGUCCAGGCUGGCAAGAACAGUCACAAGCUGGACAGGCUGAUGACAAGUCCCCUCACCACCUGGACUUCUGCGCUAAGGAAGUUAAAAGAACAUGACAGCACAUCCGAGGUACACAAAUCUGCCAUGGUAACAUAUGUGGAGUUCAAAAACUCCAUGGAAAGCAAGUCUGUGCCGGUUAUUCAGCAGCUGGACCACGCACUGGCUAAGAGAGUGGCAGAAAACAGGGCAAAACUUGCAUCUAUUGUGAAGACGGUUUUGUUGUGUGGAAGACAGAAUUUGGCACUAAGAGGGCAUCGCGAUGACAGUUCUUUUUUUGACGAUAGCAGCAAUACAGGGAACUUUCAGAAGUUAAUUGAGUUUCGAGUUGAUGCUGGUGAUACCAUCCUGGGGACACAUUGCCAGGAUGCACCAAAGAAUGCCACAUACAGAAGUAAGACCAUCCAAAACGAACUCAUAGACUGCUGCAGGGAAAUUGUUAUUACAAAGAUUGCAGAGAAAGUAAAGAAGGCUGAAUUUUUCACAAUCAUGGCAGACGAAGCAACAGAUUGCAGUAACAAAGAGCAGUUACCACUUGUCCUCCGAUACUAUGAUGGGUCCAUUGGAAAGGUACGUGAGGAUUUCAUAGGCUACCAGGAGUGUGGUGAGGGCAUAUCAGGAGCAGCAAUUGCCAAGCUUAUACAGACUACAGUGUCAGAUCUUGGACUCAGCAUGGACAAGUGCAGAGGACAGUGUUAUGAUGGGGCAGGAAACAUGGCAGGCAAGGUCAAUGGUGCUGCAGCAAGAAUCAAAGCGGAAUACCCAAAGGCAGUGUAUGUCCACUGCUUGAGCCAUCAGCUCAACCUGUGUGUGAUGAAGGCAUGUGCAAUCCAGAUGAUAAGAAACUUCCUGGGUGUGACGACAGAAUUGGCCAACUUUUUUAACUAUUCACCCAAAAAACAAGGUAUACUGGAUGCUUCGGUGGAGGAGAUGCUGCCUGAAUCAAAGAUAAGCAAGCUAAAGGCCCAGUGUAGAACUAGGUGGAUUGAAAGGCUGGAUUCUCUGGACAAUCUCCAUGACCUGUAUGGGCCAGUGGUAGAUGCCCUGGAUACCAUUAAAACUGAUCCCCUCAGCAGCUGUGACACCAUCACUAAAGCAACUAGCUUGGUCAAUGCUGUCACACAGAGUGAUUUUAUUUUCUCUUUGGCAGUGUGCAAAGACAUUCUCCAGUAUACAAGAGGGCUAACUACUAAACUGCAGGGAAGAGAAGAAGAGGUACAUCAGGCAUAUGCCAACGCCCAAGUUGUAGUUACAACACUGAAAUCUCUAAGGGAGAAAGUGGAUGAACUUAGUUCAGAGCUAUUAGAGAAAGCUGAAACACUUGCUGCGAGAGUAGACAUAGUGCUAGCCAAGCCAAGGGCCUGUGGAAGGCAGCGGCAUAGGGAUAAUACUCCAGCGACCACGACAGAAGAAUAUUACAGGAGAAACCUUAUUAUUCCAUUCCUGGACAAUCUGAUACUUGAACUCACUACCCGCUUUGAGGACAACCAGGCAGCAUCUGUGGCAUUUGUAAGAUCCAUCCUGCCAGUAGCAGUAGCCCAGCCAAGUUGGGAGGCAGACAUUCUCAAAAUGUCAAAGUGCUACUUUGAUGAUUUGCCUCACCCUGAUUCUCUACCAGCUGAGAUGAAAUUGUGGGCAACAUACUGGACAUCACACCCUUCCUCUGCACCAGACAGUAUUAGUAAAACUCUUCAGUUGGUGGACACUGACAUGUUCCCAAAUUUAACCACUUUGCUGAAGAUUGCAAGUGCUUUGCCAUCAACAACAUGUGAGUGUGAGCGAUCAGUAUCUGCCCUUCGAAGGAUCAAGUCUUAUCUGCGCUCCAGCAUGUCCCAGGAUAGACUCAAUGGACUGGCCCUCCUGCAUGUUCAUUACAACAUGGAGAUUGAUGUCAAUGCUGUUAUUGACUUGUUUGCCAGGAGACAACCAAGACGCAUGAGACUUGUAAAUAUUUUUCAAGACUGACUACCCAAGUGAAUGUUGAAGCUGUGGUUUGUACCCUUUAAUCUGAUUUACAUAUUCUUAUUUGGUUUUACUAGGUAGUCUGUUAUGAAAAAGUUUGUGCACUGAACAAUGGAUUAAUUUAGGAGUUUGCAUUUUUACUUUGAUACAUAUAGCAAGAUGUUGUGACUACUUUAAAAGACUAGACAUGAAUUAUAAUGUAUAUGACCUUUGACUCCAAAGACUGAAGCUGUAGUUUGUACCUUUUAUUUUGAAUAACACAUUUUUAUUUGGUUUUACUUAAUGUGUAGUCAGCCAUUAAGUAUUUUGUGCACUGAGCCAUGGGUUAAUUUAGGAGUUUGUAUUUUUACCUCAAUACAUAGCUAGAUUGUUGUGACUGUACUUUAGAAGACAUGUAGUGAUCAUGAUGUAUAUGACCUUUGACUCCAAAUUAAAAUGCUACUUUCUUUUCAA